UGCUUUGUUGGAAUAAUUUUGACGAUGUGAGAUGUUACAGAAAAGAAGGAACACACGAUGAAAAAUAUUCAUAUAAGCAAUUAUCAUACAUUUCAUAUUUGAACACCAAAAACGAUCCAUCGAUGCACUUAAUGACGCCUGAAAAAAUGCAAACAGCAAUAUGUUUUCUGUGAAGCCAAGCUAAUAAAUAUUUACAAUUGUUCUAUAUGACCUAUAAUUUUCAAGGUAUAAUCGAAAACACAUUUUAAUGAAUGGGAAUCGAUUGGUAUUUAACCCUGAACUCUAUUUGAAAUGUACUAUGGUGUUUGAAGUACCGACCGGCGGGUAGUCGUAGUACGAGCCCCUAUAUGACUGACCGUGUGAAACGGAAUUAAUGACUGUUUAUUGUCUCUUUGAUAAAAUUCACAUUCGAACAAUAGGUGGCUAUAAUGUAGACCAUUGAGAACUUAUUAUACAUAUUGAAUGGACUAAAAUAACAUUACCUAUACAAGUUAACGGUAUUUACAAAUAAAGAUAAAAUCUUAAUUACAAUCGUCAUCAUGUUCCUAUGAUAGUUAUCAAGUUCCUUGUUGGUGCAAUAAUGAGUGAUUUCGUUGAAAAGGAAAUAUUAUUGUUUUGGGAAUAUGUCAAACGCAACGCAGCAGCACGUUCUAAAGGGAAGAUGCCGAAUCAGCCGAUAAAGCUUUACUACCUGCCCCCCUCCCCACCAUGCCGCUCCAUCAUCAUGGCUGCCAAGGUCAUGGGGAUCGAGCUGGAACUGGUACUGACGAAUAUCAUGGAAGGAGAGCAUAUGACGCCUGAUUUCCUCAAGAUGAAUCCACAGCAUACUAUACCGACUAUGGAUGAUAGCGGAUUUAUUUUAUGGGAGAGCCGAGCAAUUCUUGCUUACCUGGUGAAUGCUUACGGCCGUGACGAUUCCCUGUACCCGAAGAAUCCACGCCUACGAGCUAUUGUGGAUCAGCGACUUAACUUUGAUCUUGGCACUCUCUAUACGAGAUAUUAUGCCCUCUACGUACCGAUACUAUUCCGUGGUGAGGAAUACGAUGAUGACAAGGCAGCUAAACUGGAUGAAGCAUUAGGCUGGCUGGACUCUUUCCUGGAUGGACGAGCCUUCGUUGCCGGAGAGAAUCUCACGAUUGCAGACAUCUCUAUUAUUGUGACUAUCACUAAUCUUAAUGCCUUCGGCUACGACUUCAGUAACCAUGACAACGUAACAAAAUGGUUCGAAAGGACCAAGAAGGCUUUAGAGCCAUAUGGCUACAAGGAAGUCGAUGAAGCUGGAGCCGAUAUCUUGGCCAACUUCUUGAAGAAAGGUUAAUUACUAAAUUAAGUUUAAUUUCUUUAAUUUACUUCAAAAAUUUUCUUGCGGAAAAACAGGUUAAAAUAUUAUUUUGUGAUUGUGUAAUUUCGCUUGUUUAUCAAUAAAGAUAUAUCUGUAUUCUUA